AUGGCUCUCACUGUCUCCCUGUCUGAGCUCAGGAAGCUCGAGGACUGCCUUCUCAACACUUCCGGCGACGUACCGCUGCACACUCGCUUCCGUGCUCUCUUCACGCUCAAGGGACUCAAGUCGGAAGAUGCAGUGAAGAUAAUUUCCAAAGGCUUCAGUGACCCCUCCGCUCUGCUCAAGCAUGAACUCGCGUACUGUCUCGGUCAGAUAAACAAGACCUCUGCUCUGCCCAUCCUCGAAGCCGUCCUGAGGGACACAUCGGAGGACCCUAUGGUUAGGCACGAGGCAGCAGAGGCGAUGGGUGCCAUCUCACACCCUUCCUCCGUUCCCAUCCUUAAGGAAUUUUUGGCCGACCCUGAACGCAGUGUACGCGAAACAUGCGAGAUCGCCAUUGCCAAAGUCGAAUGGGAUAACUCCGAGGAGGGCAAAAGGCAUCGUAGCAGCAAGAACGACGAUGUGCCCGCCUACACCUCUAUUGAUCCUGCACCGGCCACAUCUGGGUUGUUGCGUGGUGCCCCCAAGUCCGAAGAAAUCUCAGAGGACACCGUCGAGAAGCUGAAGAAGGAGCUCGUCGACACCAACCUUUCCCUCUUCCAACGUUAUCGCGCCAUGUUUGCGUUACGGGAUAUUGGUACUGCCGCUGCUGUCGAUGCCCUCGCUUCUGGUUUCUGCGAUGACAGUGCUUUGUUCAAGCACGAAAUCGCUUUCAUCUUUGGACAAAUGCUCUCACCUCAUUCCGUUCCUUGCCUACUCAAGGUGCUGCAGGACUCGCAGGAAUCAGAGAUGGUUCGUCAUGAGGCUGCUGAAGCCCUGGGUGGGAUUGCCACUCCAGAAGUGCUGCCCUACCUUCGCGAAUGGAUGAACAGAGAGGACGCGCCCCGCGUUGUGCGCGAAAGCUGCCAAGUGGCCAUGGAUAUGUGGGAGUACGAAAAUUCGGGUGAAUUCCAGUAUGCAAAUGGGCUUAGUGGAUCGAGGCCGAUAGCUGUUGCUUGA